AAAACUAGACCCAACCCUCCAGGUGGGACCUCCCCAAUGCUAAAGGAAGCUAAUUAACGACAACUUCGUUAUCUCUCCGGGCAGGAUCUACCGGUACCAGACGCACGACUACGCCUUCAGCAGCAACGAGGGGCUCCUGCGCGCCCUGGGGGGGGAGGACUUCGCCCUCAUGCUCAACCGCAGCAUCGAGGAGGCCCUGCAAAAAGCUGGUUUCUCCCAAAAAUUCAUCGACGAGGUGGUCUGCCCGGCCAUGAGGGUCAACUACGGCCAAGGGGUCACCAUCAACAGCUUCGUGGGGGCCGUCUCCCUGGCGGGGGUGGAAUCGGGUCUGUGGUCGGUAAAAGGAGGGAACAAACUGGUCUGUACUGGUCUUCUCUACGCCGCCAAAGCGCAGGUCAUCCCCGGCACCGUCGUCUCCAUCGAGCCCAAAACCAGACCCAGGCGCUCCGGUGAGUUGGGGGGGUGCAGCUGGAGGGGGGGACACCUCGGGCUCCAACACCGGUCCUUGAGGUUUGGAACUGGGACCAGUUGGGCUCCAUCACCGUUCCUUGAGGUUUGGAACUGGGACCAGUUGGGCUCCAUCACCGUUCCUUGAGGUUUUCCAGGGGAAAACCCUUCCAGUCCCAGCACUUGGGCGGAGGAACUGGGACCAGUUGGCCUUGAGGUUUGGAAUUGGGACCAGUUGGGCUCCACCACCGUU